AAAUCGAAUUCGCAGAGCAUCCGAACUUAAAAAAAACACAAUGACAAUGAAAUGUCACACACCUUUUGUAACUUGGCGUUGGUAGAUAGAUUCCUUGCACACUCUUUGAGUUGUCGGAUUCUUGGUCCAUCACCUGCAAACCCAAGAUAUAACGUCAGCGUUGGUCAGCGUGGUUGGAUGGAAUGUGAGUCAUCUGUGUUUACAGAUUACCGCCAAUUUUAACGUAGGUGGAACCGCAAAUAUGGAAUUUGGAACUCUGUAGAAAAAAGCUUGGUUUGAAUUUGCUUGCAAGGGUAAUUGGAAUAAAUUUUAACGCGUAUUUUAUUAUAAUGUCGAAAAAAUAAGGAGUUGUGAGUGGUAAAGUCGAUAUUUAUUGUGUGUGCGAUGGAUGUCUAUGUGUCAAGCAAGGCAGAUAGACCUGAUGGAGUGCCAAAGCAAAGCUUCCAAUUGAAAGAUCCGAGAAAAGAUGGGUUAGUCCUUCAGAUUCACCAUACUGUUCCUGGUCUUCAUGGGGAAAUACGACGUGUUAGGUUUGUUCUUGUAACAUUCAAUGACUCGGGUGAAGAACUUGCAGCAUGUGAUCACAGAGGAAAUAUUUUUGUUAUUGAUUUGGCUGGUUGCAAGUUUUGGCUGCUGGUGAAUUUAGGUACCUGUUCAGUUCUUUCAUUUUCACCAGUAAAUAAAACAGAUUUGGUUGUAGGAACUGCCAACGGAACUUUAAACAUUGUUAACACUGAAGUAGGCAAAACUGUUGGUGUACUCAAAGGCCAUGCAUCAUCGGUUAACAAACUGUCGUUUGCUAAAAAAAGGUUUUGUUUGUCAUCAUCUUCUAAAGAAGCUAUAAUUUGGGACUUACAGUCAAAUAGUCAGGUGCAUCGCCUGAAUUUGCGCACAGAUAUCCUUCUUAAACAGGUUUUCUUCAUGCCAGUUUCGAACAAUAUUCUUGCAUGUUUCCAAGAUGAUGCAAUUCAUAUAUGGAGUUUUGAAACAUUUCAGUGCAUUAAACAGAUUAUACCAGAGGCUUGGAAAAAUCAUCAUGUCAAAACCAUUGCUUUUACUAGGAAUGGACGAGCAAUGGUUUUAGGAGGUCACACUCCCAGUAUAAUUAUCUUUGAUUUAGACAAUUGGAAAGUUAAGAAAGUUAUUGAAAUGCCUGUUGGAAUUUCUGGAGUUCGGCAUUUGGAGUUCAUUCCAGGACUUUUUGAUGGAGGUGCAAACAAAUUUCUUGGUAUUUUGUCAGAAAAAUGUGGAAUGUAUUUUUUCAAUACUGAAGAUCAGUUAUUUCUUCCUAUAACAGACAAUUUGACUAGUGGACUUCGAAUUUUUACCUGCAGUACUCCUGGAAAAUACCUGUCAUUUAUUCUGCAUACUGGAGAAAUAAACAUUUAUAAAAGUUCUAAAUUAAUUGAAAUGAAUUGUCAGCCAGAAAACAAUGUUUUUUUGAUGAAGGAAAAGCCACAGACUCAAAACAUCAGACAAGAUCCAUCAGAAUAUCGACAAAAUGUCCAGAGAAGGCAAAAGAGUGCUGCUCAACAUCUUCAAGAAGUUCAUAGAGAGAUUCAAGAUACAUUAGAUCUUCAAAAACUACUCCCAAUCUUGAAAGAAUUUGGAGAGUAUCCAGAAGCAUAUCGAGCGCUUAUUUGGAAAACUAUUUUACAACUCCCAUACAACAAAUUUUCAUAUGUGGGACUUGUGAAUAGAGAUUGCAAUCCAGCUUAUCUGCACCUUGAAGAGCAGUACCCGUUAGAAAAUCGGUCCAUUCUGAAGAACCUGAAACGGCUCCUGUCUUGCCUCUCCCAUUGGUGUGCUUUGUUUGGAGAAGUGAAGUUCUUACCACUUUUUGUUUUUCCAUUUGUAAAGGUUUUUCAAAAUGACCCCUUUGCAUGCUUUGAAGCAGUAGCAACAAUUAUAGUUAAUUGGUGUCAGCAUUGGUUUGAAUAUUUUCCUUUUCCUCCUGUCAAUGUGCUUGCAAUGAUCGAAAAUGUAUUGGCAGAAAGUGACCCUGAAUUAAUGCACUUUUAUUAUAAAACUGGCAUUACAUCUCGUGUGUAUGCUUGGCCUUUGCUGGAAGUUGCUUUUACAGAAGUUCUGUCUGUGACUGAAUGGAAGCAGCUAUGGGACCAUCACUUCUUCCACAAUCAAAAUGCAAUUGAUAUGAAACGUUUUAUAUCAAAAACAUAUAGUUUGUGUCGCAAAGCAAGUGAUGACAUUCAUCCCCGUCAGUACUUGCAGUCAUUCACACCAUUGCCAAAAGAUUCCUAUCCAGCCUUUAAUCAGUAUCCCAAGUUCAUUGUGGAUUAUCAGGCAGAACAACUUGAACGGAUAAGAAAAGAAGAAGAAGAGAUAUUACAUGAACAAGAGGAGGCAGAAGAACAAAGAUUAGCCCAAGAACAUCUGAUGAAAGAAGAUAUGCGAAAGGAAUUACAAGAGGCUCGCUUAUUGAGACUGGAAGGAGAAUAUAAAAAAAUUGUGGAGAAGGAAGAAGAAAGAUUAGCAGUACAACGCCAGAAAAUUUCAACUCUACGAAGAGAUUUGCGAGCAAGAGAAUUAGAACUCUUAGAUCAAGCUCGAAAUAAGUUAUCAAACCAGUUAACAAUGAAACGCAGUGUUGUUGUGGACCGACUGUUAAAUGACAUUGCCCAUAAGAGAGAACAGGAUUACAAUUAUUUGACAAGAGCUGAAGAAGAUUUAAAAUCUCAUCUCACUGAAAUGUUGGUGCAAAAGCAAAGAUUGCAAAUGCAGAUAGAUAAAUCACUUGCAGAAACUUCCCCAAGUUUACAUCACAGGCUAAUACAACAUCAGCAGGCCCAACUAAGAAAGGAAAUUUCAAAGUUGCGUCAGGAAGCGAAACAAGGGCAACAUAGUCGACUUAUUGACAUAAAUGCUCAACUUUCUGCACUAGAUGCCAGACUCAAACAAGCAGAAGUUGAUCUGGCAAAGGAAAUGGUGGAAGGACAGCUGAAUUUAAUCAAUGUAGAAAGGAAUUCACAUAUUUCACAAUUAGAAAGAACAACAAAAGUUUUAGAAGAAGAAGUUCAAAAUUUACUGCAGAAACUUGCAAAAUUGCACUUGGCAGAUAAUAAAAAAACAUUCAGAGAAAAUAAAGCAGUAAAUUCUGACCAUGAUAUCACUCAGCAGCAACAUUCAGCUGUUCAUUCACAUUUCAAAGAGCAAGUCAGUAAUGAUAAUUUUGGAAACGAAAUGUUUGAUUCAUUAGAAAUGCAAAACAAAUGUGUUACUGAGGGACACAAUUACCAAGCCCGGAAUGGAUCAGGUUUUCAAGAGAGAGGUUGCAAACAAGAAGAAACUAGACACUUUUCAUGGGAACCAUCAAUGCUAUUUUUAGGUAACAGUAGAAGACCUUCUUAUUAUCAACGUCAACAAAAUGCUGUCAAGUCUGCCAUGGAUAUAAGAGAGCAAGUAUUGAAUAGCAUCAAGUAUAAAAGUUAGGGGAUGAGCAAUUCUAAUAUAUUUAAAAUUUCAAUUGUGUAUAAAGUAUCUUUGAAAGUAAAUUGAGAAAAUAGUAUUGUACAGUUUAUCUUUAUUAAAUGAAGUGCAAUAAAGAAUUUCACAUAAAAUAUUGUCAAAAAUGUUUAUUACACUUUUAAAGAGCAAGUCACUUAAGCAAGAAUGUAUAGUACAUGAUUAAAAAUCAAAUUUAUUAAAGAGAUAAUUCAUGGAUGUAUUACAAACAAAAGUGUAAUAAUUGUAUUCCAAAAUCACAAUAGAGUAUAAAUAUCACAGAUCAUUACGUAAAGAAUAUAAACCUUUUUAUUGAAUUUGAGGCGGAAUGCAGGAUUACAGUUUGAAAUAAUCUACCUAGAGGCAAUCUGAUGACAUUGUGAGUUGUAAAUUAAUACUGAACAAUGGAAUGUAUAGGUGCAUCAACAGAUCUUCGUCCAUUAAGGUCUAGUAGUUCCAUUACAACAAUGCACUGCUUCACAUGUGCUCCAAGUUGACUCACCAGUUUGCAAGCUGCUUGCAGAGUUCCCCCUGUUGCUAGCAGAUCAUCUACAAUGAGUAUAUUUUGCCCUUUCUGAAUAGCAUCAGACUGAAUUUCAACAGUGUCUGUGCCAUACUCAAGUUCAUAAGUUUGUUUGUUGACUUGUCCAGGAAGUUUACCUUUCUUUCUUAUUGGAACAAAUGGUAUUCUGGUCUGUAAUGAUAUGAGAGGUCCAAAGAGAAACCCUCUGGAUUCCAAUCCUAUGAUUACAUCAGGCUUUGGAACCAUGUUUUCUACUUCUUCUAGAAUUAAUUUAUUCAAUGCUUCCAAUGCUUUUGGAUUCUUCAUGAGAGAGAAUAUGUCUCUGAAUAAUAUACCAGGCUUGGGAAAAUCAGGAUAACUUUUAAUACUAUUCUUAACAAUAUUAAUAUCACUUUCUCUUCCCAUUAUUGCGGUUGACAGAGUGAAACUUCUUGUACAAAACAAGUCAGGGGAACUGUAAUGUGUUACUGAGAAUGCUUUCAAACUUCUUUGGUGUACUACACGUGUGAUGACAAAUUGAAAAAAUGAGGACAUCAACCACUAGAAGUCAAUUGUGUCUUGCCUAUUCCUCCUUCCCAAUACCGGUGGUGUUCUAUCUUGAAUACUUGGAUAUUAAUGUUUUUUUGCUAAGUUACACGCGUAAGUAUAAGCUUUCUCAAACAAGUUACUUGAACCAAUUGUCAUCAGUGCACGUUAAGUUGUAUACUCUAAGCAGAGCACGCCUGGCGCCAAGGAAUUUGCGGCUUCGCGUGGAGGCUCUGCUCUCCACCACCACUCUGCACUGAGAUGCACUCACGUGGGUAUUGACCGUUGGCCGCAGAUAAUAGAUCACAUCCGUCCCGCCACAA